UUCUGUCUCGAAGCCCAGUGAAAAGGCCUUCUCCUCCCACUGCAGGGCGUCCUGUCACUUCUAAACACUAGAUGGCGGUAGCACAAUUCUUCGAUAAAAUAAUUGCUAUUAGUGUUCCAAAAGUAAGAAGAGAGUAUCCCGUCUAUUCAAAAAUGGCGGAUACAUGCGGACAGGUCCUGCUGGGAUCAGGGCUCACCGUCCUGUCUCACCCUGUGAUGUACAUUAAAGUCCUCAUCCAGGUCGGACAUGAGCCGCUGCCUCCCACUCUGGGCAGGAACCUGUUCGGCCGACAGGUCCAACAGCUUCCGGGUUUGUUUGCUUAUGCUAAGCACAUUAUUAAGAUAGAUGGGAAGGCUGGACUCUACAAUGGACUUGCUCCCAGGCUGUGUGCCGGAGCCAUAGGCACCGUUGUUCACAGCACAGCUCGACAGAUAUGUCAGAAAAAGAGCUCACUUCAGCUUCCAGGUAGCAAGCCGAAAGCAGAUGAGAACGCUCUGAAAAGUGUUGCUGAAGAGACUACCAAAGAGAUGAUUGCUCGAUCGUGUGCCACCAUCGUCACACACCCGUUUCACGUGAUCACUCUGAGGUGUAUGGUUCAGUUCAUUGGGAGAGAGACAAAAUACAGCGGCAUGCUUGACUCCAUUGUUACGAUCUACAGAGAAGAAGGCAUUUGGGGCUUCUUUGCUGGUCUGGUCCCUCGCCUGCUGGCUGACGUCUUGUCCUUAUGGAUCUGCAACCUCCUGGCUCAUGUCAUCAACACUUACGCCAUCGAUGACUCGAUGAGUCACACAGGAGAGAUCAGGAACUGCUCUCAGGCGGUGACCGGGUUCUUCGCAAGUAUGCUCACCUACCCCUUUGUUCUGGUGUCCCACCUGAUGGCUGUCAAUAACUGCGGGCUGGCUGGAGGCAUGCCGCCCUAUGCGUCUGUAUACCCCACCUGGGUGGACUGCUGGAAGCACCUGAGCAGGGAGGGGAAUCUGGGCAGAGGCAACAGCCUGUUUUUCCGGAAGCUUCCUGCUGGAAAGAAGUACGUUGUUGAUGAGAAGAGAUUUUUUUGAAAACCCCGUUUCACAUAGUUGUAAUAAUAAAAUGAAACAAACUGUAAAAAUAAAAAACAUUGUCUAAUCAGGACGCCCAACUGUUGGCACUUAAUCUUGCUUUGUUUACUGUGGGUCUUUGCUUUACCCGCCUCUCACCAUCUGAAGUAAUGUCGUUCAUUUUGACCAACCUUUAUUUAAGUGAUGUUUCUAAAGGCUGAUUGUGGACGGAUGGAGAGAAAAACUUAACUCUGUAGUCAGGUGCUUGUAUAAAUUUCUUCUGAUUGACCCAAAUAAAACCCUUUUUUGACUUCA